AUGCCUAAAGUAAUCCCGGUAUCCGACGACCUGAGCCAGCCCUUCUGGGACGCAAUAAAUGAUAAGAGGCUGGUGCUUCAGAACUGUACGUCUUGCGACAAGCUCCAGUACCCUCCCUUGGCGUCCUGCCAGGUUUGCGGUUCCGCCGAGGUAUUGGAGUGGAAGGAAGUGGAUGGGAAGGGGCGCGUUGCAACCUACAUUGUUAUUGAGGAUGGCCGCCUGAAUCGCCGAAUGCCCGACCAGCCUUACAACCUCGCCCUGGUUACGUUGGAUGCUGACCCGUCUGUUAACUUCUACUCGAACCUGCCUGGGGUGGCGGCCUACGAGGCUCCGGUGGGCGCCGCCGUUGAAGUAAUGUUUGAAGAAGUGGCCCCAGGGCAGUUGAUACACGAGUGGCGAGUGGUGGAGUAA